AUGUCGUGUCUCCAGACACCCAAACUCUCCAACCCACAACCACGGGCCAUGCCCGAACCCGCAGUCGCCGCACCGCCCUCCAGCGUCAUCUUCUCGUCCGACGACAAGUCCGUCGUCCUGAUUGACAUCCCGCGCUCGCUCGAGGAGGCGCAGGUCCCACCUGGCCACGGCCCGUCGCGCCGCAUCUACUCGGGCCCUCCGCCAUCGGCGCCGCUCCCGACUCCGGAGCCCAAACCUCGGAGGCAUGGCCCGGGUGGACUCGGACGCGGCGCCGGCGCGGCGCAUGCCCCAUCGGAGCAGUCGCUCGCCGCGCAGCUCGCUGAUCUCAUGACCGCUGCUGCCGUGGAGCGCGCUUUGCAGUUGAUCCGCGAGCAUCACCAGGGACCCUUCUAUCUGCCCCGUGUGGCCGGCCCGGCGGGAGAGACCGCUCGGGAGAAGGACUCAGCUGAUGUCCAACCUGCAGUCGCUUCAUCACCUACUACAUUCAUGCCGCCAGACGCCAGGCACAUCCAUGGCACCAUCCAGGAAACGCGCCAGGUGCUCCUUGACUCGGCACCGCAGUUCAAGCUCAUCGUCCUCGACCCGCCGUGGCCCAACCGCUCCGCCCGCCGCCGCCGGCAAGGCGAUCGGUACGCCACGGCCACAACCAUGCCUCAGGUGCAGGACCUCCUCGCCACCGUGCCCGUCCCGGCGCACCUCGCUCAGGACGGACUCGUCGCCGUGUGGAUCACAAACAAGGCACGCGCCGCAGAGCUCCUCACCGCGCCCACGACGGGGCUCUUCGCCGCGUGGGGGCUCGAGCUCGCCGCUGAGUGGACCUGGCUCAAGGUCGCCGCGUCGGGCAAGCCGCUGUACGACGUCGAGUCGCAGUGGAGGAAGCCCUGGGAGCGGCUCCUCAUCGCGAAGCGGCGCGGGGCGAAGACUCCGCCGGGCCUGGCACCCAAGGUCCUUGUCGCGUGCCCGGACGUGCACUCGAGGAAGCCCACUCUGCGUGGUCUGUUCGAGGGCGUGCUGGGGCGAGGGUACGUCGGGCUGGAAGUGUUUGCGCGGAACUUGACGGCCGGGUGGUGGAGCUGGGGAGACCAGGUGUUGCAGUUCCAGGAUGCCUCGUAUUGGGAGCCACUCGCGGGGCAAGAAGAAAAGAAGGAGGCGUGA